AACAACGGAUUACAAGCGCGUUUCUGAACUGGUUUUUUGGCAAUUUGUACGUAAUUUUGUGGCUCUUCCGACGAUUUUGUUAGUUCGAACCGACGAGUGACGAGCGCGAUGGCCAGGCGGGUCAAGAUCUGGACGGAGGACGAAACGGUGGAGCUGUUCAAUAUCGUGCGAACGACCGGACUCGACUUUCUGGACGGAACGCAGAGCAACGAGAACGGCGAGCUGUUCCGGCAUAUCGAGAUAGAAAUGAAAAGCUUGGGCCGGAACCGCGACGCGCAACAGAUCGAGCAGAGAUGGAAAACACUGAAAGAAGGGCAUGAACGAUCGAAAAAGCUGAUUGAAGCGAAGGGCAAACUGCCCGCGAACACAGCGCUUUGCGAGUUUUUCAACGAUCUGGAGGAAAUCGACGACCUGGUCAUAGCUCGCAGUACCGAGCAUGCGAAGCACGAAUUUGUGGAGGAGAUUGGAAUAGAAGGGGUUCCGGUGCAGGACGAGGAAUACUACGCAGAUAUCGUAGAGGCGGAUGGGUAUGUGGCAGAGGAGGACUCACAGGAUGCUUCGAUCGACGAGAACGCUGUAGUGAUCGAGGAAGUCGUAUACGACUCCCAGGACGGAAUGACACUCGAUGCGUCAUCAGCAACCCAGUCUAGGGCACGGAACCGAACACCAGCGCGGAAAAAGCUGACUGCCGAGAAUAUGGACGCGCUGGUGGAGAAGAUUUCCAAAAUGCAGAAGGAACAUAACGAACAGUUCUACAAGCGGCAGAUGGAGCUGGUGGAAAAUGAGUUCGAGGCGUUCCGUGAGAAGGAACGGGAGCAUAUGCUACAGCUGAAGCUCGACCUGGGCCUACUCAAUGGCAAGUACCUGCAACGGAUAGCGAAAAUUGCGGGCGGAGAACUAUCCAACGAACCGGAGGACGCACCGAUUAAUUCGAGCAAACGGCGCAAGGUCAGCAACACCGGGACGUCAAAACGAAAGUGAUCGGUGCAGCGGCACCGGUACAGAGCAGAACACUAGAGAACACGAACUGUAGACAGGAGACUAUCGAGGAAGAUAUGAGAGAUAUAUAGGUUCAUAUUUUAAGUUUAAACUAAAUUUGUAGCUGACCGAUUGCAGCAAUAAUGUACGUGUAAAAAACGAAAAGGCAACAGAAUAAAAGUGUUCAAAAGUGGGUGAACUGGGAUUACUUUGAUCACAUCUAAGCCACCGCAGUGCUCAAGGUCAAAGCAACGUAA